AGUCAAUUAGAUACAGUCAAGUCGACAUUUCCAUUUUGCCCCAUUUUCCCAAGACCCAACACCGUCAUGGCUUCCGACAGAUCUGAAUCCACCGCUAACGGCGGCGAAAUGCCAUCCCCAACUCCGGCGCUUCAAACUCCCCGGAAAAUCGCACUGAUAACUGGCAUCACUGGCCAAGACGGCUCAUACCUCACUGAACUUCUCCUGGACAAAGGCUAUGAAGUUCACGGCCUCAUUCGUAGAUCUUCGAAUUUUAAUACGCAGAGGAUCAAUCACAUCUACAUCGAUCCCCACAAUGCUCACAAGGCGCGUAUGAAGCUCCACUACGCCGACCUCACCGACGCCUCCUCUCUCCGCCGCUGGCUCGACACCAUCCUUCCCGACGAGGUCUACAACCUCGCCGCUCAGUCUCACGUCGCUGUCUCCUUCGAAAUCCCUGAUUACACCGCCGACGUGGUCGCCACCGGCGCGCUCCGCCUCCUGGAGGCGGUGCGGUCCCACAUCUCGGCCACCGGUAGGUCUCAUAUGAGGUACUACCAAGCCGGGUCGUCGGAGAUGUUCGGAUCCACUCCGCCGCCGCAGUCGGAGUCGACUCCUUUCCAUCCGAGAUCUCCCUACGCGGCGUCGAAAUGCGCGGCUCAUUGGUACACCGUGAAUUACCGGGAGGCCUACGGGAUCUUCGCGUGCAACGGCAUCCUGUUCAACCACGAAUCCCCGAGACGCGGGGAGAAUUUCGUGACCCGGAAGAUCACCCGGGCCGUGGGGCGGAUCAAAAUCGGGCUCCAAAGCAAGCUCUUCCUGGGGAACUUACAGGCGUCAAGGGACUGGGGAUUCGCAGGGGACUAUGUGGAAGCAAUGUGGAUGAUGCUUCAGCAGGAGAAGCCGGACGAUUACGUGGUGGCCACGGAGGAGUCUCACACCGUGCAGGAGUUCUUGGAGGUGGCGUUUGGGUAUGUUGGGCUGAACUGGAAAGAUCACGUCGUGAUUGACAAGCGCUACUUCCGGCCGACGGAGGUGGAUAAUCUGAAAGGCGAUGCCAGCAAGGCGAAGAAGGUGUUGGGGUGGAAACCCAAAGUGGGAUUUCAGCAGCUGGUGAAGAUGAUGGUGGAUGAAGAUAUCGAUAUGGCUAAAAGGGAGAAGGUUCUUGUAGAUGCUGGAUACAUGGAUGCCCAGCAACAACCUUAAUCACUUCCAUUCAACUCAACGGUAGCUACAAACAAUAUCAUUUAUCUGUUGUUUUCCAGAAUCACUUUUCUUCUUCUUCUUCUUAAUAUACAUCGAGUUUUAGUCAUUGAGUUCAUCAUUCAAAAUUACAGUAGUUUACUACUUAUUAUCCAGUUUUACUGCAAUUAAGAAAUGGUUUGAAUUGGUUGUGUCGGCGGCA